AUGGCGAUUCAUAUUCUCUGUAGCCAUGACUCCAUUGACGAGCACCAGAGGAGCAUCACCACCAACCGGUUCUUCUUCUCCUCGACUAAGGCCACCACUGGAGCUUCUCUCCGUCUUCUUUCCACCACCAUGACUUCUGUUCUUGGAGAUCCCGCCACCGAAACUUCUCUCCUUCCUCGAGCCUCCACCGGAGCUUCUCUCUGUCUUCUUACCACCACCAUAACUUUUUUCUUGGAGAUCCCGCCACUGGAACUUCUCUCCUUCCUCGAGCCUCCACUGGAGCUUCUGUUUGGGAAGAAAAGAAGCCAAGAUUCUAAUGAAAGCAGAGGAGAUAGAAGGCAUAAGCGUAUGAUCAAAAACAGAGAAUCUGUUGCUCAUUCUAGGUCUAGGAAACAG